GGAUUAUUGUUAAAUAUUUACAAAAUUAUCAGGCCGAAGAUCACAACAAAUCGGUCGCAAUACGAAAAAAUGGUAGAAUGCAUGACCGAAAGGCCGGACAUUACUCGCUUUGCAAAAGGAGCUAAAGAGGAUGUAGUGGAGUUUUGGGAAGGCGUCGCUCAGCAGCUAAACAGCUUAGGCCCAUCGAAAAAAGAUGUAUCCAGCUGGAAAAAGGUAUGGCUCGAUUAUAAGUGCUACAUUAAAAGAAAGCGUUCCGCCAAUAAAGCAGAGACGAGGGCAACUGGUGGUGGACCCAACAGAAUGCACAAUUUCAAUGAGUUGGAGGAAAAAGUGAUCGAGUUGACGGGUUUGCACACUUCCACAUCGGGGAUCAAUGGAGCUGUCUCUUUUGGUGUGGUAACAACUCAGACGGUUACCCAACCGGUGGUGGAACCUGCGGCAGUCGUUCCUAUGCCAACUGAGCCAGACAAUGCCAAUGUGCAGAGGCAUUCCCCUCCGUUAAAAAAACGACAGGGCCACUUUGGUACAGGAGCAAAUAAAUUUGCAACGAAGCUACUACCAAAAAAGUUUGGCCUUUUUAGAGCAGAUAACGUGCGACUCACGUACCAAGUGCAAGAGAACAUGUAUGACAUGAAGAAGGAAAAAUUGCGUAAAUUAAAGCGGCACAAUAUUGAAAUGGAGGCCCUUAAAAGAAGGGAGCUUGAUUUGCAGGAAAAAUUACUGCGGAUACAAGAAAGAAGCCAGCAUAAAUGAACUAAUGGAUAAAUUUAUUUUUAAGAUUUUUUUUUAUUUUUGAAUUUAAUUUAAUUUUGCACUGAACUACUGAUUUUUUAAUUUUUUUAUUUAAAGAUUAUUGGAUUUAAGACUAUUAGAUUUAAGAAUAUAACUGAACUAAAGAAGUGAACUAACGUUUGUGAUAUCUGUAUAUAUGUAUAAACUAUUAGAUUUAAGAAAAGAACUGAACUAAAGAAAUGAACUAACGCUUGUGAUAUAUGUAUACCCCCAUUAGAUUUAAGAAAAGAACUGAACUAAAGAGAUGAACUAACGCUUGUGAUAACUGUAUAUAUGUACAAACUAUUAGAUUUAAGAAAACGACUGAUUUUUUUGUAUA